CAACUUGUCGAAUGUAACGCAAAUGAGAUUGACUUUUGCGGGCAGUCGCAUGGAAUUCAUCAGUUAUUUCAGUUAAAAUAUUAAACGUUAUGGCUUCUAUUCAGAAAGAGGAAGAUUUGAAAAAAGACGUAGUCGAAAAUGGCCAAGAGAACGAACUAGACGACGUAGAGGAAGAUACCAAGGAUCCCGCCAAGAAGAAGAAAAAGAAAAAAAAGAAGAAGAAGGCAGAUUCUGAAGUAACUGGUGAUACCAAUGAAGUCACUAAUGCAACCGAAAAUGUUAAAUCACUGUCUGUGGAAGAUUCCACACCUGAGGGUGAAGAAAAGAAGAAGAAAAAGAAGAACAAGAGUAAGGGAGGCAAAGGAGCGGCAAAGGAACAGACCAAUCCACCCACUAUACCUAUAGCUGAGUUGUACCCGCAGGGUAACUUUCCUGAGGGUCAAAUAAUGGAGCAUGGACAUGCUGAAGGCAUUGAUGACAGGACUGCCAAGGAGCGGUUCUCCAGUGAGGAAAAAAGAGCCUUGGAUAGGAUGCACCAAGACAUAUAUCAGGAGAUCAGACAUGCCGCUGAGGCCCACAGACAAACACGACAGUACAUGCGCGACUGGAUAAAACCGGGCAUGACGAUGAUACAAAUAUGCGAGGAACUGGAAUCCACAGCCCGGCGUCUCAUUGGCGAAGACGGGCUCAAAGCAGGGCUGGCCUUCCCCACAGGCUGCAGUCGCAACCACUGCGCCGCACAUUACACACCCAAUACUGGUGAUACUACGGUGCUUGAAUACGACGACGUAGUGAAGAUUGACUUCGGCACGCAUAUCAACGGACGCAUCAUUGACUGCGCGUUCACUCUGCACUUCAACCCCCGCUAUGACCCGCUGGUGAAAGGAGUGCAGGAGGCGACAGAGGCCGGCAUUAAGGCGUCAGGGGUAGAUGUCAGGCUGUGUGAUGUGGGCGCUGCAGUGCAAGAGGUUAUGGAGUCACAUGAAGUGGAGUUGGAUGGCACCGUAUAUCAAGUGAAGCCCAUCCGUAACCUGAAUGGACAUUCAAUCGGACCAUAUAGGAUUCACGCCGGUAAGACCGUGCCGAUCGUGAAAGGCGGCGAGACGACCCGUAUGGAGGAGAACGAGUUCUACGCCAUCGAGACCUUCGGCUCCACGGGCCGCGGCCAGGUGCACGACGACAUGGACUGCUCGCACUAUAUGAAGAACUUCGACCAGCAGUUCGUUCCGCUAAGGCUACAAUCGUCAAAGCAACUCCUGAAUCUGAUCAACAAGAACUUCAGCACCCUCGCGUUCUGCAAGCGCUGGCUGGAGCGCGCGGGCGCGUCGCGCUACGCCAUGGCGCUGAAGGACCUGUGCGACAAGGGCGUGGUGGACGCCUACCCGCCGCUCUGCGACGUCAAGGGCAGCUACACGGCGCAGUUCGAGCACACCAUCCUGCUGCGGCCCACCUGCAAGGAGGUCAUCUCGCGCGGCGACGAUUACUAGCAGCUACACGGCGCAGUUCGAGCACACCAUCCUGCUGCGGCCCACCUGCAAGGAGGUCAUCUCGCGCGGCGACGAUUACUAGCAGCUACACGGCGCAGUUCGAGCACACCAUCCUGCUGCGGCCCACCUGCAAGGAGGUCAUCUCGCGCGGCGACGAUUACUAGCAGCUGCACGGCGCAGUUCGAGCACACCAUCCUGCUGCGGCCCACCUGCAAGGAGGUCAUCUCGCGCGGCGACGAUUACUAGCAGCUGCACGGCGCAGUUCGAGCACACCAUCCUGCUGCGGCCCACCUGCAAGGAGGUCAUCUCGCGCGGCGACGAUUACUAGCAGCUGCACGGCGCAGUUCGAGCACACCAUCCUGCUGCGGCCCACCUGCAAGGAGGUCAUCUCGCGCGGCGACGAUUACUAGCAGCUGCACGGCGCAGUUCGAGCACACCAUCCUGCUGCGGCCCACCUGCAAGGAGGUCAUCUCGCGCGGCGACGAUUACUAGCAGCUGCACGGCGCAGUUCGAGCACACCAUCCUGCUGCGGCCCACCUGCAAGGAGGUCAUCUCGCGCGGCGACGAUUACUAGCAGCUACACGGCGCAGUUCGAGCACACCAUCCUGCUGCGGCCCACCUGCAAGGAGGUCAUCUCGCGCGGCGACGAUUACUAACGCGGCCGGCGUCCACGAGAGCGUUCGCGUGCCGCGCCAGUUGGCUGACCAAAUUUGAACCUUUCUAGACACGAAUAUGAGACGACAAUAUUUACGAUAUUUGCGUGUUUUACCAAUAGUGUUGCGAUUUAAUUGAGUUUAGCGGUUCAACUGUAGUUAGCCAAAUUAUCAUGGGGCCGAAAGCGGACACGUCAUUGAGUAAA